AUGGGGGACUCGCCCGGACCGCCUGCGUUCUACUUUCGGCCUCGGGCCGGGGGCAUCGACUGGCGGCUGGUCUCGGGCCUCGACGUGGCGGCCAUCGAGAAGCACCUCGACUUUGGCGCCCUCCAAGCCGUGCUGGAGAACGUAACCUUUGCCGACAUCGAGGGUGAGGAUCUCCGCGGCGUCGACGCCAACUUUGUCAAGCUCUUCAAGCUCGCCCAGCUCAUCAUCGACUACCUGCUGCAGGGUCAGGAUUACCUCGAGGAGCGCAAAGACGCCGCUGCUGCAGCCGCCGCAGAUGCGCAGGCUGAGCUCGCCGCCGCGCAGCGCAAGCUCGCCGCCGCAGACGAUGACGCCCGGGGCAUGCGGAAGGAACUCAAGUCGCUCCGCAAGAUUGUCCACACCUACCAGCGCCUGCUGGGCUCGGCUCCCGACUCGGCGCUCCCGGCCGCGGUCGGCGUGCCGGCCCAAACCGCACCGGCCGUCGCCGGGCUUACCACAGACCUCAACGGCUGCCCGUUCUGCAGCAAGGUAUUUCUCAACAGCUACUACGUUCGCUCGCAUGUCCUUCGCAGACACCCAGAACACGCCGACGCGUUUGCAGCGAUGCCGGCUGCUCCCGCCAACGAGAAUGCCCCGCCGCAGGAACAGGCUGCCGCCCCGAGCCUGCCGAUGGGCAAGGCUGCCUCUGGCAACGAGGCUGCCGCUGCAGUCACUGCCGCCGCCGCCGCCGCGUCUGCAGCACAGGCCGCAGCCGCAGCACAGGCCGACGAGGUCGCCCAGCUCCGAAAGGAGAUGGAAGAGUGGCGCGCUGCGGCCCAGGCAUCGCAGGACCAGCUCAAGUCGGUCGGAAGUCUGGAGGAGCGGCUUGAGGCGCAGCUCAAGGCGGCGCUAGAGAGCCGGCAGACUGCGCCAGUAGCACCAGCACACACGGCUGCCCCCGAUCCGGCCGCCGCAGCCCAGCUAGCGGCGCUCACCACCCAGCUGGAGCAGAUGCAGCGCCAGUUCCAGGACCAGCUGGAAGCGCAGCGCGCCGAGAUGCAGGCAGCACAUUCAGCGGCACUCGAGCAGAUGCGGUUCCAGCUUGAGGCGCCGCAGGGCGUCGGCAUGGAUUCGGGUUUGGUCAUCGGCGGCCUCGUCGACGCCGACGGCGGCGACGCCGCCAGCGGCCUCGACGAGUCGAUGCGUGAGUUUCUGGAGGACAAGCUUGCGGUCGUGACCGACAAGCUGGCGGCGCAGGAGGCCAACACUCGCGAGACAGCCGCCGAAAUGAGCAAGCUCGCUGACGAGAACAAGCGGCUUCAGGCCCAGCUCGAGGCUAUGGCCUCGGCGAGCCCAGCCAAGCCGGCAGCCAUUGGCGAGCUCCGCGACGCCGACGAGGAGCAGAGUGUCAAUCCUGCUGUGGGGAGCUCGGCUGCCGACACUGGCGGCGUCAGGUCGACGCGGUCGUCGCACCGACGCAGGCGCCGGAGGACCAAGCGCCGCGGCGACGAGAGUAUCUGCGAUGCCGAUGAAGCGGCAGUCGACGUGCCGGCACCUGAACCCGAGCCAACGCCGGCAUCGAUGAGCUCGAGCAAGCGUCGGCGUCGCAGCCGGCGCCGCAGCAAGCGGCCCGACCCCAUGCAGCCUGAGGAGCGGCAGGUGGUGGCACACGAGCUCUCGCGGGACGAGUCGCGCAAGGAGAUCAUCGGCCCGGAGCUGACCCCUGUCGAGGUGCUGGUUGGCGACGAGUCGCAUCUGCUUGCAGUCCCUGUGGCUGCCGAGCAGGACUCGGCCUUUGACGUUUCGGACCUCGGCGAGUCGCUGCCGGCGGUCGAGGCCGCAGCAGCAGCAGCAGCAGCAGUCAUCGAUGAAGCUAAGCCGUCGAAGAAGCGCAAGCGGCGGCGGCGGUCCAAGGGCAAGGAGAGCCGCGAGCCAGAAGCGCAGCCGCAGCGCCAGUCCACGCCACAAUCCACGCCGCAGCUUGCCGGCGCUGGCGAGCCGUCGGUUCUCUCGACUUCACUCGCUGACAUGCCCAAGAUCCACUCGCUCUCUGGCGACAAGUCAUACCUCAAGACCCGAUUUGAGCACGAUGACGAGGACAUCAGGUAUGAGUCCGAGGUUGUCGACGCUGAGGUGAGUGCCGAGCUGUCGACGCUUGGAGCAGCCGAGGCCGAAGCGCGCCAUGGCGGUCUUUCAAAGCGGGAGCUUGCACUUGCGCAGGAGCGCUUUGAGGCUUCCAGGACGAGCCGGACGGCGCCGCAUCUGCAAGGGCCGGCCUACGACGCCACCCGUCAGGAGGUUGAAGCCGAGAUGGAGGCGCUGGCUGCCGUGGUGGCGUCGACUGCGCCGCCGCCCGUCAGCGACAACGAGAACGACAACGAGAACAUGCUCGCCUCGCUGUACGAGAGCAAGCGCUCGGUCGAGCCAGAGUCCGAGCCCGAGCCCGAGCUCGAGGCUACUCCCAGCCGCGAGGCCAACGGUGACGGCACCCCAGUCGCAGCAGAAGUGGCACCCGCUGCAGACUCAGUGGGCGAGGCUCCGGCUGAGACACAAGUAGUCGAGAUGAUUGUCGAGGACGUCGCGGACGCGCUCGUGGACGACGUCGACGACGACAAGACCUCGGUUGCCAGUGCGGACAACACCAGCAGCAGUCGCCGGGUGAAGCGACGGAAGCGGAGAACUCGGGCGUCUGGAGCUGCCGGCAACAGCGAGCAAACGCCAGAGGCCACGCCCGCCAAGACUCCGGUGCCUGCCGGCAGCGCAGGACAAGGCUCACUGAUGGUGGAAGAUGUUCUCGAUAACGGCGAUGACCACGAUGAGGAAGCAGUGGCUGCUGUCGAGGCGCUGUCGCCGAUGUCGCAGGUCAUUGCCAACAACAACGCCAUUAUCGAGCAGAACAAUGCGCUGCUCGAGAGCUCGUCGAAGCGGCGCAAACGGCGCAAGCGCAGCUCACCGUCCAAGCGGGUGGCCGAGCCCGCGACGCCAGGCCCAGCUACGGCUUCGCUGGUUGUCGAUGGCGGCGUGGUGCGGCUUGACGACGAACAGGCUGUUGUUGGCGGCGCGACCUCGGACUCGUGCGACAUCCCGACGAUCCCGAUGCUGGGCGGCGAUGACGAUGACGAUGACGACGACGACGUGGACGGUGCAGAUGGCGUCGAGUCGAGCGACAGCGCGGCUGGCGCGGUGCGUGCCGCGUCAUCCUUCAACAUCUCGUCAGUCUCGUCGCCGGCAGGCGCGAUGACGCUCGCCUCGCCCGGCUUGCACUCAUCGCACGUUCUUGAGCUGAGCCCGUCGCCGUCGCCCGGGCCAGCAGCCGCGGCGGCCGACGAUGGUGCCAGCUCCAAGAAGGACGACGAGCUUGAGACGUCACUCUGCGACUGGGACGACGUGCUCUUUGAUCACGAGCCGAACAGCCCAGCUGUGGAGGCCAGCGCUACUGCCGCCGCGUCCGGCGAGGGACGGGUGGAGACGAGCGUGGCACGGGCGCGGGCAGGGAUGACCGGGCCAACGUCCGGCUUCUCGCGGCGGCGCGGCGCGAGCCACUCGUCGUCGCGGAGCCGCGGCGGGUCGAGCCGUCGCAGCUCGCGCCGCGGCUCACGCAACGUGGGCGACCGCGGACGGGUGAGCCGACCGCGGACGGCCGGCGGGCGAGCGGCCGGGUAUGGCGGUGGCUCGCCGCUCGACGACGACCUCGGCGACGAUGACCUCGGCGACGAUGACCUCGAAGACUUUCUCAACGAGCUCGGCACACCGUCGUUUGCCGGAACAAGUGCGGCCGGCAGCGGGUCGGGGACGACACCGCCCGCCAGCGCGCUGCGCACCGCCCUUCCCAGCGGCGGCGCCCGGGUCGUCUCGUCGGGUCCAACCGAUCAUGGCAUGCUUGUCGACGACCUCGUCGCCGAUCUUUCCGGCGAUGACUUUUUGAAUCUCGAGCUGGUGCCGGGCGAGGCGGCGCGGGCCGAGGCAGGGGCAGAGGCAGUGCCGGUGGUGGGAAGCGGGGACAUCGCGGCGAGGGCGGCGGCGCUGGCGGCAGCAACGGCGCUGGCAGACGCAGACGCGGGGACAAGCAGGCGCAACUCGGUGCUAUGGUCGUCACCAAUCCGCUCACUGGUGGCAGGCAGGGCGGUGGGCGAGGCGGCGGACGGAAGCCGAGGCACAGGCGGUGACGGCUGGUUUGCGGCGGACGGCGUCGAUCCGGUGUGGGAGGCGCUGCGGACGCCAUCGCCGGUCCGAAGACAGGCGUCACCGCCGCUCUCGUCCUGGGCUGCCCGCCAUGUUGAGGGCAUCCGCGCCGACCAGGAGCGGGCGGGCUCGCCAGAGAAGGCCGCCCAUGCGCGGCAGAAGCGGGCGAUUGCACGGAGACGGCGCACGGCGCGUCGCAGGCAAGCCGCCGCUGAGGCUGCCGCCGCCGCUAAGCCAUCGCGCAUGACUCGUGAGUCACGGCAAGCGCUCGGUGCGCAUGCGUAUGCGGCAGCUGCCAAGUUUGCGCGCCGCCGGGCCGCGGUCGCGGCGCAAGUCGCUGCUCAAUUCACCUUUCGGCCGCAGCUCAACGAGCACUCGCUGCAGAUUGCGGCACGACGGCGAAUGGCCUCGGUUCAUCACCCAGGUGAGGCGGCGUACAUGAAGGCGGCCAAGAAUGAGGCCAAGGUGGCGGCUAUGGCGGCGCAGUUGGAGCGCGAGCGCAUGCGCGAGUGCACGUUUUCGCCGACGCUCGCCAUGCGGACGCGCGCGAUGCCAACAGCUGCUGCCACGCCGCCAUCAGCGCGCCGCCGCCGGCGACCCAAGAAAGAUUGGCCGAAGAAAGAUCGCUCGCGGCAACCGCGGCCGCUGCGCUCGUUCAACUCUGCGCUCGGACUGCACACGGGGCGCGAUCCCGUACCGUCGUUGCAGCCGCAGCCGGUCUCGGCUGCAUUCUACAUGCGCCAGACGGCAUGGCUGGAGCGGCGCAACGCGCGAUUGGAGGCUCUCCGCGAGCGGGAGGAGGCGCGCGCGGCUAGCCGUGACUCUGCCUUUCCGCACGCGCCGGCCAUCACGCCGCGGCCCGAGUAUCUCGAUGCACCUUUGGCGGUGGCGGCAGCAGCUACCUGCGGGGCGCACGACUCACCAACCCGCGAGCUCGGCAUGGUCGACGUCGAGUCGGCAUCAGACUCCGUUGAGACCUCGGGCAGCGACACAGUCGAGUACUCGUACGACAGCCGGAGCGAUGGCUAUGUCAGCGACGGCUCGCACUGUGAGCUCGGCGGGCCCGGUGAGACAACUAUCGAAAUCGAGUACGCGUACGAGUACGAGUACGACGAGGUUCGCUAGCAUGGAACAAGCUGGACACAAAGAUUUUAAGGAUUGCGUGGCUCGGCGUAAACAAGAACCACCCG